AUGGCAUGGUGGGGCCCUAUGUUGGCGGUUUCAGAGUUUCCUGGCGAGCGUAUGUGUGGGUUCUUACAGAAAAUUAACACCAAUGGGAAAGUUGAGGAAAUGGCGCAGACAAUCAUGCGCCGAUUCUGUCACCAACAGCGCCUUCUUUGCAAAGCUCCUCCCCCAAACGAUCCGGUUAAAGUGGUUCAGCGUAACGUAGGCGGCCUCUUUGAAAUGGACGACAUGGUUUACGGCAAACUUCUGAAUUAUCAUCAGGCUCAAGACAGCGCCUGGUGCGACUGGCGUGUACUUCCGUAUCCUGAUGGGGCGAAAGUUCUUUCUGCAUAUGCGCGCGAAGUUGGAGUGUUGACUUGUCUUUCAGGUACGAAAUAUAGUAAGAAAGCUCCCUCAAACAUUGUGAAGGUUGAAGUCGAAAGUAAAAUCAAAUGGGGAAAGAUAUUGCAUAUCUUAAUGUUGAAGGAUUCAAACGAACCAAUUGUGAUGCUGCGAUGGCUGGAGGUCGUGAGGGAUCUAGCGCUUGAUCAAAUGUUCGAAAGGCUGAGUAUGGUACGUGUGAUUCAGAGUGCAAAGGAAGAAUUCAUACCUGCCUCCGCUGUUGUAAGUACUCUAGCCCAUAGAGAGUUACCCUGCUGGACUCUUGGAAUGAAGGAACCGAGCAUGCUUUUAAUGGGUGUCAAUCCGGGUGAACAUGAUUAUGUAUUACCAGAAGGUUUGGAUGAUAUGCAAUUGGAAGGGGCAUUGGGGGAAGCUAUGGACGUUGAUAUAGAUAUGGGAUGA